CCGCCAUGCCAUCCCAGUUGGAAGGUGCUAUGGAUACGCUGAUCCAAGUCUUCCACAACUACUCCGGCAAGGAGGGGGACAUGUACAAGCUCAACAAGGGCGAACUCAAGGACCUUCUGCAGCAUGAGCUGGAACAUUUCCUGGCGGCUCAGAAGGACCCAUCACUAGUGGACAAUAUCAUGAAAGAUCUUGAUUCCAAUAGAGACAAUGAGGUGGAUUUCAAUGAAUUUGUUAUUUUAGUUGCUGCUCUAACUGUUGCCUGCAAUGAUUUCUUUCAGGAGACACUUAGAAAAAAAUCAAACACCAAAUAGAACUCAAAAUAUAUUAAACAGGCACCUUAGUGAAUUCCAUGCU